AUGACUAAACGAGCGAGUUCUUCAUUUACUACGCCCUCUAGUUUGAUCCUCGACUCACUCAGCACAGCAACUCUCCGACAAAUUAACAGCGUCGAGAAUGAGAAUGGUCGCUUGCUCGAUCUCUGUUUUGUUAACGACGGAUCCCAAUUGGCUACGAUUGAACUGGCUCCUGCGCCUCUGGUUAAGCUUGUUCCUCACCACCCGGCACUGCUGCUUUCGCUUGAAAUCUCUGAUGUUGUGACUCCUAUCAAGAAGCCGGCAUCCUUUUUUCUCGAUUUCAAGAACGCCGAUUUUGUCGCUAUUUCACAAACGCUUGACGCCAUCGACUGGAAUUCUGAGCUCGAAUCUUCCGAUCCAAACGCCGCUGCUAUGAAGUUCUCCCAUAUCAUCAACGACAUCAUCGAUCGUCACGUACCAAAACGCUCAGCAGCCUCUGACCUACGUGCUCCCUGGGUCACGAAAGAGUUGCGACAAAUGAAAGCACUCAAGAACAAAGCCCUCCGCUACUACUUGAGGCACAAGUCUCUCCACGCCAAAAACCAGUAUCGCAAACUUAACGCAGCUUAUAAAAAAGUAAGCACGCGUUGUUACCAGGGCUAUCUUAUCCGGAUUCAGCGUGGUUUUAAAACUAGACCCAAAUCGUUUUGGCAGUACAUUAAGGACCAACGGAAAGAAUCGAGCUUACCGUCCUACAUGUUUUUGGAAGACAAGUCGGCGACCUCAGACCUUGAUAUUUGUAACCUCUUCGCUGACAAAUUCCGUAGUACUUUUGAUUCUGGUUCAAUAUCCACGGAGCAGUUGACUAUGGCGGCUAGUAACGUCCCACGUCAGAGCACUUCCUUUCAUCACAUCGUAAUCGAUGACGAUACCAUCCUGAAGGCGACUGCUAAGCUGAAACCCAGUGUUUCUGCAGGUCCGGAUGGCAUUUCAGCGACUUUUCUAAAACGCUAUAUAUCACAUAUGCUGACUCCUAUAAAACGAAUCUUCCAAUCAUCGCUCACGGAAUCCACGUUCCCUUCCAUUUGGAAAGAGGCUUACAUGUUUCCGGUCUACAAAAAAGGUGACAGGAGGAACAUUAACAAUUAUCGCGACAGUUUUGCCAUGGGAUCUCAAACCGACGUAAUCUACACCGACCUGACCGCAGCUUUCGACAAGGUAAACCACAAAAUAGCCAUAGCCAAACUAGAUCGUAUCGGUAUCUGCGGCUCUUUACUGGAAUGGUUCCAUAGCUACCUGGUAGGACGGAAACUUAUUGUACGAUCAGUCAUAGGAGCUUUCGGAGACAUCAUAUCUCGAGUAUCCCCAAUGGGGAAUCUGCGAGUCGUUUACAAUCAAAAUUGUGUACCCUACGUCUAA